AUGAUAUCAUAUGAACUAUUAACAAAACAAGGUGUAAAUGCAAGUAAGAAUGUUACGGUUAUUGGAAAUCAAUAUAUUUUCAAUUAUCCUUGUGAAAAUACAUCAGAUUGCACUGAUUACAUUGUUCAAUUAUCACAUGGUACAUAUAAAUUCGAAUUAUAUGGUGCCAGUGGCGGCAGUGCACGAGAUAAAGUUUCUUCAUUCCGAAACAAAAAUAAAACUUGCAUCUUAGAUGAAAUUGUUGAACAAUUUCAUGGAAAUACAGAAUGUUUUCAACAAGAUAGUAUUGGCGGUGCAGGAGGCUAUGUAUCAGGUAUUAUCACAAUCCGAACUUCUAUAACAUCCUUUUUCACUAUCGGAGGUAAAGGUGUAUUCGGAAAAAAAGGCGAUUCAUAUUCUACUAUAGGUUGCUUUAAGAAAGAAAACAUGCAACCGGGUGGAUAUGGUGGAGGAGGUAGUUCAGCCCAAUAUAUUUAUGGAACAGGGAGCGGAGGCGGCCAAACCACUGUCAAAUUUCUUGAAAACGAUCUCUGGCAUCGAGUUCUAGUGAGUGGUGCUGGAGGGGGAAGUGAUGACUACAAUGCAGAUGAUGGAAGUGAUGACUACAAUGCAGAUGAUGGAAGUGGUGGCGCAGGUGGAAAUCUUGUUGCACAAGGUUGGUUCUUUAACGGAAAUUAUGUCGAAAAUUAUUUGGCAAAUUCCACAUUCGGGUUUUCAUUUGGUCAAGGAGAAGCUGCUCGUUAUGGAAGUACUAAACAUCCUCAUGCUGUACCUACAAGCACUAAUACAGAUAUUGGAGGUGCAGGUGGAGGAUGGUUUGGAGGAUUUUCUUCUCAGUCUGGAUCGGGUGGUGCAGGCGGUGGUUCUUCAUUUGCAUUGACAAAAGAUGCUAUUAUUCCUCAAGGAAAUAUUUCUGCUUAUGAUGAGUUUUAUAAUUUAAUUGAUUCUAAACCGUAUUCAUUUAAUUUAAACUCAGAAUUCCUCUUCAAAGAUGUUAUUCAUAUCCCUGGUAUUUGGGAAGGCAACGGACGACUUAUUAUUACAAUUCUUGACUCAAAAUUAUUUAUAUCUUGUAAUAUCAUUUCUCCAAUCUACUUCAAUCCAACAUUAAUAUUUGGAUUGAUUGAAUCAUAA